AUGCGUAAUAGAAGUGGCAUCGUUAAGAACUCGGCGGAGAUUAUCGCCAAGACCAGCUUCGGCAUCAGCGAAGAGAAGGGGAAUAGAUUGUUCAAGAAGCAGCAGAUGCUGUUCCGGUCCGGCCGCCUCUUCGGCGUCCCAUUCGGCGAGAUCCUGUGCUCCAAGAAGUCCUACCAAGCGUGGAGGUUGGGGAAGCACAUCGAUAGGCUUCCCCAUGACAUCGUCAGUUCUCGACGGGAACAGGGUGAUUCUGAGGCGGAGCAGCAGCAUGACCUCCUCAGACAGCUCCUCGAGGCCGAGAAUCGAGACGGGAGAAGGAGGAAGUUUGCUGCGAGGGACUUCAUGGACGAGUAUAAGACUUUCUUCUUCACCGGCCACGAGACCACCGCGCUGGCCCUCUGUUGGGCCUUAAUCUUGCUGGCCCUGCACCAGAAGUGGCAGAGCAUUCUCCGGGAAGAAGUCGAGCUAGUUUCCGUCGGCCGGCCUUUUGACUCCGACGUGCUCUCCAGGUUAACAAAGGCAAAUAAGAAGAUUUGA